CUGAGAUCCGAUAUAUCUGUCACUGUCAAAUAAUCAUCGAGUCGAAGAAAUGAUUCAAUUUGUAUUUUGCAAAUAAAAAUAUUAAUUGCAUUGUGUGAUAUGUUAUCCUCUUUUUAAAAGACAAUUUCAAAUGUUAAACUAAUUGUGAGGGUACCGAGGAAUAUACACCAGCACUCAAAUUCAAAUCAUUGAUAUCUGUAAACAACGAUGAAUUGGUAGAAAAACAAACAGGAAAAAAUAGCAAUCAACUAAAUUUGUUAUCAACAGUGUUCUAUAAUAAAUUGGAGUGUAAUUAAUAUUACAAAAUGUCGGCGUUACUAACUGCAGAUUGGUUUUUAUUGGACACCUAUUACAGGAAGUUUGAUCUUUACAACAUGAACUGGUCCAUGGAUGAUGGACUGGAAAACAUGAUAGUCAGUGGAGCUCAGUAUGGAGGCCCUAUGGCUGUGGUCAGGGACAGGAAACAGUUUGUUAGGAUUACCGGAGCUGCUAAACCUGUAAUCACUAUCUAUAAUGGAGUUGGAAAUGUUAUAUCUAAGAUUUUGUGGAAUAGUGGCGAGCUGGUACACAUGGGCUGGUCUGACACAGAGCAGUUGUUGUGUGUACAACAAAGUGGCGAUGUACUAGUUUACGACAUGUUCGGGGCAUAUCAAAGGACUUUCAAUAUGGGACAGGAGGUCAGGGACACUAAGGUGUACAAAGCCCGUAUAUUCCCAAGUCCUCAUGGGGUUGGUUUAGCUGUUAUCACUACCACAAACCGCAUGUUCUUGAUCAGCAAUGUCUCCGACCCUAAAGUUAGAUCUGUACCUGAUUUACCAAGAGCAAAUGAGGCCAUAUCAAGUUGGUGUGUGAUUGGUUCUGGAAUAAUUGUAUGUAGAGACAAGGAAAUAUACAAAUGUCAACCAGGCGAAACUAGAGCUAUUCUUAUGCGUCCUGAUAUAAAGAAUCCGUAUACACAAAUUCUAUCUAUAGUCCCGUCGCAAAACGGCAAGCAUGUAGCUUUGUUCACUGAUUCUGGUAUCCUAUGGACUGGAUCAUCUGAUUUCAAGACCACGUAUUCGGAAAUAGAUACCGGGUAUAUCAAACAGCCGAAGGAAUUGAUGUGGUGUGGAUCCCAAGCUGUUGUAGGACAUUGGGACGACACUCUAUCUAUAUUUGGCUCCACAAAGGGCCAAUCAUCACAAUACCCCUACGAUGGUCCUUUUCACCUCAUACAAGAAAUCGAGUGUGUACGAGUCGUAUCCGAAAUGACUCACGAGCUCAUACAAAAAGUGCCAUUCGUCGUCGAAAGGAUAUUUAGAAUAAAUAGCGUCGCACCCGAAUCUUAUUUGCUAGAAGCUUCUCGACAAUUCCAGAACCACAGUCACAGAGCAGACGAGUACAUAAGACUAGUGAAACCAAAUCUCUCAACGGCAGUUCAGAACUGUAUAGAGGCAGCUGCCUUUGAGUUCAACCCUGAGGUCCAGAAGAUGUUAAUAAGGGCUGCUCAGUUCGGCAAGUGCUUCAUCAUGGACCCUGAGUUAACUGACCUUUAUGUGAAGACCUGCAGAUGGUUGAGAGUCUUGAACGCUGUCCGGGAUCCUAAAGUUGGCAUACCACUUACUUCUGUGCAAAUGACAAAUCUAGGCGAGCGAGUUCUCCUGGAGCGUUUAAUACGGCGUCGCUUACAUUGCCUGGCGGUGCACAUCGCGUCCUACCUACAACUCAAGGAUGGAAGGACUAGGGUGCUGUCCGACUGGGCCUGCUAUAAGGUCACUCAACCGCACUUGGACAAUGAGAGCGCGGCGCGUGAGAUUGGCGAUAAACUGCGCAACGUGCCCGGUAUAUCUUACACUACCAUCGCUAUGAAAGCCGCUGAAAAGGGAAGGAAAGCCCUUGCUAUCAAAAUAUUAGAAUAUGAAACACACAGCAAACUCCAAGUACCUCUGCUCCUGACGUUGGGUGAAGGACCGACCGCGUUACUGAAAGCCACAGCGAGCGGUGAUACGGAUCUGAUAUACAUCGUACUACUGCAUCUUAAAGAAAAAAUGGGCAAACGAGAAUUCGAACUAACAAUACGCAGUUUCUCCCUCGCUCAUGCGCUUUACAUAAAGUACUGCGCGAAUAACAAUAGGGAAGCAUUGCGACAAGUUUAUGUACAAGAGGAUGACUUCCAAGGUCAAGCCGCGACGCACAUCCGAGAUGCCAUCGAGCAAACCAACCCUGGGAGCAUUGAGGCAUCUCUUAUAUCUGCUAGAGAGUGCUAUAAGAAGGGCAAGAAUGAUCUAGGGGUCUCAAUCUGUGAAGACGGUCGCAAGCUAUGCAAGCAACAGUCGAGCCUACAGGAGACAUACGGAACCAGCUUUGUAGGCCUCUCCUUACACGACUCUGUCAGAACCCUUCUUGAACUAGGAGAGAUCAAACUCGCUGACAAACUGAGAUCGGAAUACAGAAUGCCCGAUAGAAGAUACUGGUGGUUACGCAUCCUAACACUAGCUGACAAGGAUGACUGGGCGGAAUUGGAAAGGUUCUCGAAGUCUAAAAAGUCUCCGGUUGGAUAUGAGCCGUUCGUCGACGCUUGCCUGAAGUACUGCAAACAAGAUGAAGCUCUCAAAUACUUACCACGAUGCAGCGACGACAUCAAAGUCAAGUAUUAUGUCAAAGCUGGGUUCUAUGAGGAAGCGGCAGAAGUGGCCUUUGAACAGAAGGACGAGAGCGCUCUCUUAUUUGUGCAAAAUAAAUGCCCAUUGAACGAAACUACCAAACACGCUAAGAUCUCCUCACUUCUCGAACGAUUACCUAUCAAAAAGUGAACAUUUUAAGUGUACUAUUAGGUUGAAAUUAUUAUUCCAUUAUAAAU